AUGACCGACAAUGCAACCGCCUUCGACCGCCAGCAAGACGGCUACAAAUCCAUAAGCAAGCAUGCGAACAAAUGGCGGGGCAAGCUGUUCGCCAAAGACGAGGCGCUGGCGAAAGAGAAGGAGGCCUCAAAGCUCAAGCUGAAGGUAGAGACCGACCAAGACGUAUCCGACUUCCUCAAGCCGUCCACCGAAAAACACAAGGUCCUACCACCCAAGCCUCCUCGAAUUGAUGCGGCGGCAGCUUCGCGAUGGCCAGGUGCCGCCGAUGUGCUCAAGCUCGCGGGUACGCAGCAGAUACUACCAAGCGCAAUGGGUGGGAAAAGUGGGAAGAGAGGGCACCUGGUGGUCACGUUCGCCAGAACACCGCCCGAGAUCAUAGGUUUGGGCGGCGAUGAAUCGGAAGAGCCUGCGAUUGAGGUGUCCAAGCGAAGAUCAGGGGUUCACAGAAAGCCCGUCGAUCAACACUUGCAAGAGGGACACGGCAGCGCCGUAAGCCUGGGCUCGCAGCAACCCCCAUUGAACGGCAUGCCGCAGAGUGGAUUCAACGAGCCUCAGCCCACUGUCGCACGUGACCGUCGUCCAGCUGCAUUCCCUAGGCAGCCGACAGCGUUCCCACAGCCGCUGCGAAACUCUAGCGCCGAUGACAACGGAGCGUCCCCGACUGCUCUAGAUAACCGGGAGCCUGACUUCAUUCCACCGCCCGUGAAACGAGCGCCAACCUCGUUUCACGGCGAAGACGACGGAGUCUCAAGGCCCAGUAUAGAUACAGAGGAUCAUCGCUCGCCGGUUGAUACACAACCUCCAGAGCUACCGCAAAGGCCGUCAGCAGCACCGGAGCCGCCUCCUCCGUUGCCUCCGAAGCUACCUCUCCGUCUGCCAGAAAUGGAGCUGGCGGCAGGUGGUUCUCCAAUUGACUUUCUCGGAAAUGAUUUUCUCAAAUCGGACCCAACAGACCCUAGCUCCUUUCCGGCAAAGGUGCUCCACCAGAUGCGGGCUGAUGAGGGUAAUGCACUCCACGAAGCGGCACGAACGGCAGCAUAUGUCAACUUGGCUGAAUCGCCAAGACCCUCCACUUCGAAUAGCUCAAGUUCGUUUGCGAUGGCACCUUCGUCAUCUCAGCCGUCUACGUUGAACAGACCAUCGUUUGAUGCGCCAAGCCCGCACAGGAAACCUCUGCCAUCUGCUCCCUCCCACAACAACCAAUACCUCGAUCUGUCCUACGAGCCACGUCCGUCGAUUGGGCAUACUGAACCGAUUCCAAUCCGCUCAUGGGGACAGAGGUCACCACAACAGCCGUCACCUUCACCGCAAGACCGCUCCGCCGACCGGACUCCGUCAUCUUAUACGGGCUCACUGCAGUCUAAACCAUCGCCACUUCCCCAGUCUCUUACAGCGGCACGGCCGCCUCCUCCUGGCGCACCGCAACCGCCCCCCCAUUCUUCUCCGCUGCCGCCUCCGUCGCCUCAACUACCGCUCGCUUCUCCGGGUUACUUUGGGUACCUUCCUCCUUCACCAUUCGGCGAAAAGCCGGCAAGACUACCAGGUUUCGCUCAGGAACAGGGCACUGGUCUACAUGCUGCGACGCCGUCGGUAUCCUCAUCAAUUGCUCGGAACGCCAACGACGAGGCUUUUGACGACUUUUCCGAACGCGUCACGCAUAUGAAGGGCAUCUUCCGUCUAACAGCCGAGAUUGAACGGCCGUUGUUCGAGCAAACUCCUAUGCAGUGGCUAAGAGCAAGUAUCUGGUGGUUUCUCAGAGGCCGUGCAGGGAUGGAGAUCCUCAUCCGCAACCGACCACGAGGCCAAGACGGCAGACCCGUGUCAAGCUCACGUGAGCAGCUGCUGGCUCAGCCACAUGUGGAUCUGGCGAAGAACUGGUGGAUCGUGACGGAGCUGUUGCCCAUGCAUCCUUCUACAGCCAACUACGCUGGUGUACCGAUCGCAUCGCAAGCAUCAGCUGCCAGAAACAACGGAGAUAAUGCCUUGACAGCAGUUUUUGAAGCACGCGAUAUCAUCCUCGCAAACCUCAAGGCUCUCCUCGCGUCCAUGUCUCGAAACCAGGUCAUGCCACCUUAUCAAUCACUGAUUCAAGGCCAAGACCAAUCCAUUUGGAUCAAGUACCCAAGUUUUGCGCCCGACGUGCAAGCUAUUCUCUCCGGCAAUGCAACAAAGUCAUUGACCGUUGGCUCGACUACACGAAACAUCAACCCUGUAGCGUGCAUGCCUCUAGCCGACACGAAGACCGACUUCUGCUACGGCAGGCUGUUCGUCCAGGCAUCAAUCGCAACAGAAGAUCAAGACUCGGAUCGUGUUUCGCUGCCUUGUGUUCUCUCUAUUCUUCGCGGUCGCAACGACUGGACGCUGAAAGUGUCAAUUUGCAGUCAAACCACGCUUGUGAACGUCUUAGUACAAGGUAGUAGAGAGGCUGGACCGACGUGGGACGAUGUGCAGUGGAAGACAAAGACAAGAGGCAUGUACGUGCGCCUACCGCGCGGCUUCACCCUCAGCGUGGAUUUCUCGGAGAAGGAUUUCCGGCAACUACAGGGAAUUGAGGAAUACACGCGCAAAGUCGAGGCGUCUCUCCUGCCGCUUGGUGAUGAGAAAGUUGUGCACGAAGUGACGUUGCGGGACUUCCAGUACUCAGAUUCGUCCAACCCGCAGGCACUUCCGGCCGAACGUAUACCGAGAUGCCACGUCCGUAUCUUCGAGAAGAGUGAGAUGCUCACUGAAGGCACUGGUCAGCGGCGGAUGCAUCGCGGGUAUCGCUUCCACGUCGUUACGAGCCCGAAGCUCAAGACCCUCAGCUACAUCACCCAUGAGCUGGGGAGAGAUCAGAGACCAAUUGGGUUCGAGUUUAGAUCUAGUCCAAGCAGCGACGGCGCCAGCGCACCGGCCAUGGUCUUGCGUUUUAAAGAGGAGACACGGCAGUGCAACGUCUUUCUCACGUUCAACAACCCCAACGAGCGAAAUCAAUUGUAUGCAGUGCUGAAUGGAAUGAACCUUACCCCGGAUGAAACGGUCUUUGCGCAGGUGCCGCUCAAGAGCCUUUCCAUUGAGCCGGCGGACCAAGCGGAGGGCUUCAACCAGUCCGGCCACGAUGCACUGAGAACGUUUACAUGGCAAGAUCUCAAGGUCAUCAAUCAUGAUGCGGACGAUACGAGCGGCGACUUUGCGAGGACAGUGCUGAGCGAGCAGCUCCGGAUAGUGGCUCACCACUCAGCAGGGUCACUAACCGAUCGCCUGAACCUCAGCCCCGGCGAACUCCAGCUCCGCCUCCCUACCAGCGGCAACCCCGAGCUCAGCAUCCUACGAGCUCCUCAAGCCGAUCUCACCAUGUCAGUUGACCACCAGCGCGUCGAAAAGUCAAUACCCGACACCCUUGCCGCCCUCCUAACCACCAUUCUCACGGGCCCCACAAUCCGCACCUUCACCUUCCACGACCCACGCGACCUCCACGCCUUCCAAACCGCCAUCACAGGCUUCGACGUCAAGUACGACGGCGUCGCAGCCUCCUACGCCAUCGCGCGCCGGCGCAUGGUCGUCCCCAUCUACAAGAAAUGGGAAGCGACGGCAGUGCGCGUGCAGAUCGUGAAGCAGGAUUCCGUCACGCAGUUGCUGGCGUUCAUGGAGGGCUUUGCGCAGGCGGACGCGAUGGGGUUUCAGCUGCGGCCGAUGGAUGUGUUUGAGAAGGGGGAGGGGCGGGGGAGAUGGUGGGUCAGGCUUGUGGAUGCCAAGUUUGCGCUGCCGAAUCCGAAGGAGAGGAGGAGGGAGGAUGGGUACGUGUGUUUGGAUCAGGUGGUUUAUCCGGGGGAGCACGAUGAUGUUACUGUGGGGUUUGAGAGUGAGGCUGAACGAGAUCGGUUCGCGGAGGCGCUGCCGGCAGCGACGCAGACCGUGCGGGCGGUCACUUUCAAGCGCAAAAUCUGA